AUGACUGGUUACUUUGAUCUGAUCCUAAUCAUGACCUUCGAAGCGGCCCGACCCGUCAUCCUGACCGGUGUGAUGCCCAAGACAUGUCCGGGGUGGCAAUGUGGGUGCAGUGCUGCCUGGACGACAGGGUAUAAGGGUUGCGCGUCUCCUACCUCGAUGUUACUGGCUCUUGUCAAGGGUGGCAUUGUGGCACAUUCUGUCACACAAUGCCGUCUUUCUGAUGGCGGAUGUCAUUGGCCGUUUCCUGGUUCCGUUGGUGCAUACAAUGCGCAACGGGUUCACUCACGCACAGCGUGCGGCGUCAGCCAGCCCCAGGUUGCGAUGUCACAUGAGGUGCAACACGGAAGCCUCCUGGCCACUCCCUUGGAGGAAUUCAGCCAAGCUGGCGGUUCAGCUGCAUGGGAUGGCAUUUCAACCCCCACACCGAGAAGCUUGGCCGUGAAGCCGAGCCUGAAGGAAGCGCAUGGUCAAAUUCGUCACCCAACCAAGCGGCGGACCCCUUUUCUAAACGAGUCGAGGGCCAGCAGCUUCCAGUAA